UAUUUGCCUCUUAAUUCUGGCAGGAAUGUGUUUCUGCGAAGGUCACGAUCACUCGAAACAGACUUGUUUUCAAUCUAAAUAUAAUAGAGAUGAAAAACAGUCUUCAGCGAUGUGUUUGAACAUUUUGGGAGCAAAUCGUAAAAAAUGUCCAUUUGUGUUUGCUGAUAACACGCGUUAACUUCAUAUAGUAGAGAAAAAGAAAAAACACCUGACGACACGAAAUGGACCGCUGGAGCAAAAAAGUGGCUGUUGUGACGGGCGCGAGUUCAGGAAUUGGAGCGGAAAUUGCCAAGGAUCUCGCGAGAGUCGGUGUGAUUGUUGUUGGACUGGCAAGAAGAGUGGAGAAAGUGGAAGCCCUUAAAAGUGAUCUUGGGGAGAAUGUUCGGGAAAAUCUUCAUUGCCUCAAAUGUGAUAUCAGAAGUGAAGAGGAAAUUGUGUCUGUGUUUGGGAAGAUUAUUGAACUGUUUGGCGGUGUUGAUAUUCUUAUCAACAAUGCUGGUGUCGCAGAUAAUACAUUCAAGUUGACCGAUCGCGGAAAAUCAUCUACUAUUAAUGAUAUAAUUCAAACGAAUAUUGUAGGCUUGAUCAAUUGCACAAGAGAAGCUGUGUCGUCAAUGAAGGAGCGCAACUUUCCCGGUCAAAUUGUUCACAUCAACAGUAUUCUGGGUCAUCAGUGCGUCUUUCCACCUCCUGCUCUAUCUUACAUGCACUUCAAUGUCUAUCCGGCUACAAAGUUUGCUGUGACGGCACUGACGGAACUCUACCGCCAGGAGAUGACCAGAGACAACCUGGGAAUCAAGAUCAGCAGCAUUAGUCCAACUGUGGUGGCGACGAACUUAUGUGAAGAUCUGCAGCCUGAGAACAUGACGAAUAUUCCUCAUCUUCUGCCAUCAGACGUGUCCCAAGCUGUUCUUUAUAUACUCUCAACUCCGCCUCAUGUGAAUGUCCAAGACGUGAUACUAAAAGCUGUGGGAUCGAGAAAUUAAUUGGCCCGGAAAACAAUGAUUUGUUUAAUUAAAUUCUACACGAACAGUAGAAAUAUAUUCAACUCAAGAUUCAACUCUUAUAAAUAUUUCAAUCGACGUUGGAAGAGUGUUUAAUUUUUUUUAUGAAAU